AUGAGUGCAUCGCGUCUUCCUGCAUACUGCCACACUAUCGACGCGGCUGAUCAGGUAAUCGAUGAAUCUGACCUGGAAAUUCCUUUCGAGAUGCGCUCCUGCAACGAGGCAGAAGCACAUGUGCUGGCAGGCGAGCUUCUUGGUGCUCCCUCUUACAGCAACUCGACUAGUCCGGUUUUCGGCGCGUUCUUCAAGCACUACAAUGCAAUUCUCAGCCCUUCAACGUUUGGCGACGCCGUUGCCGAGAUCGAAAGCCCCGUUUUGAAGUCUCACAAAGAUGUUUUAUCCUGUGUGCAAAUACUCAGGAGCAACCCGGCGUUAACAUUUGACAAGUUUCUCGUUUUGGCCUUUUCUGGACGAGACGCUAGGCCUGCCGAGAAGGAGUAUGCGGCGAGAGCAGUCAUUAGCGCUGCGUUUAUGAUAAACUGCGCAUCCAAGGACUACUACUCCGAAGGAUUCCAGUCUGGUUCCCCCAUGCGAGUGAAAUGGGGGCCGAACCAAGGAUUUGCCGACUUUCUGGAGAAAGCCUUCACCGGAAGCCAAAUGACAGCUCUUGACCAGGAUUCAAAGAGGGAUAUACCGUACAGAAGCUCAUUAAAAGCAUGGAAGCUUGUCAAGAGGAACAAAAUAAAAAUCCGACCCACCAACAACUUGAUAGAUCACCUACUCUACGAUCCGAAGGACCGGGUACUCCAUGUGUUCCACCAGACCAUGUUCCUCCAAAGUCAGAUCAAGCGUUGCAAAACCGGUGAUUUUGAUAUGGAUUUUGACGAAAGUUUGAAGCUUGGAAUGUUGCCACCGCGGCUGCUCUUCGAAACACUGGUCACCAUCCACUGUAUCCUCUUCCCAGUAGCGAGCAUCGGAAACAAGAGAUCCAUGAGGCUAUUGAAGAAAUUGAUCAAAAAGGAAGGGUUUGACCCCGAGGCAACAUGGGUGGAGUUUGUUAGACCGAUUCCGGAUGACCUUUCCUUCACAUACUGGGGACCGCGGUUGGCUGAACUUCAUGACGUGGUGAAGCGACCGAGACCUACGAAUUCUCUUGUUUCGUGGUUUGAGAGACACACCUCAGAGAGAAACGCGUUGACUGUGGCUAUUAUAGGGCUUUUCCUCUCCGUGCUGCUGGGUCUCUUGUCACUGGUGGUUGGUAUCUUGCAACUAAUUGUUGCAUGGUUGGCUUGGAGAGAUGACCAGAAAAGGAACGACUAG